AUGUCUGACGUCCAGCAGGCCAUGGCUCUCCUCAUCACUGCCUUCAAUAAAUAUUCAGGCAAAGAAGGAGAUAAGUACACUCUGAGCAAGGCCGAGCUCAAGGAGAUGCUACAGAACGAGUUUGGAGAUUCACUCGGCAAGGUGAGUGAUAAGGCUGCUCUGGACAGCAUCUUCAAAGACCUGGACGCAAACAAAGACAACAGUGUGGACUUCAGGGAGUUCUGUAAUCUGGUGGUGUGUCUCACUCAAAUGUGCCAUGAGUACUUCAUCAAGAAGAAGUGAGAGUCAGCGCCAUCUACUGGCCAGUGCACAUAACCCAUGUAAGCAAUGGUGCUUGUGAAGGAAAACAUUUUAUUUUAAACUUGGAUACUGAUUAUACAAAUUGUGAAUAAAAUUAAUUUGACUGAAAUACAAAGGAUAAUAAAAUAAAAUUAUGUAAGUAC